CUAAUGUGAGCUAGCCGCCUUGUUGUUCCCGUCAUUAGUUCCAUCUUAGAAGAAACAGAAGCUUUUCAGUCGGGAAACUUGAUAACAACUGCCAAGGUUCUCUAAAGUCUGUGGCCACAAUGCAUAGACAAUGAUAAUUACGUCUCAUACAAGGGAUGUGGAUGGGAGACUUCCUGCUAAUAGCUAACUGCAAUUACAAGUUAUCUCUUGGCAAGUCCCUGGAGCAGCGCAACUUUUGCCAUUUCACCAUAUAAUCCAUCAUGUCACUACAAAAAGAAUCAGGGAACCGAGGGAAAGAUCGAGAGAGGGGGGCCCGUCCCAAAGUGAGACAGAGCCGGUCAGAGGAAAGACGAGAUACAGGCGUUGGACGGAAAGGCGGAAAGGGGAAGAAAAAAGGCCUUGCCUGCCAUGAACCAGCUGCUGAGCGGCCUGUCAGUGAUGGCUUUGAGUAUGGUGAGCUGUUAAGUGACCUAGAAACCAGGGACCAAUCUUCCUCUUCUCCUCUGAAGGAGAGUUGGAGAUGGCAGGGUUUGGAAGUCGCUGCCUCUUUACUAGGGCAAGAACGGGUAACAGCCAGGCCAGGGCUGGGAACAGUCAGCUCUGUCAGUGAGUUACCUGCAACAAGUGAUGGUGAGAGCAGGGGGUCAAGCAGCAGUCGCACUCUCCGGCAAAAAAUCCAAGAUGCAAUGGGGCAGUGUUUUCCAAUAAAGACGCACAGUGCAGCAGCACCAACACCACCUCCACAGGCUCUUUCAUCAUCAACCGCCUGUGCCUCCUCAAGGCGGAAGAUCCAUCUCAGUGAGCUGAUGUUGGAUGACUGCCCUUUCCCCGUAGGAUCAGAGCUGGCUCAGAAGUGGUAUCUCAUAAAGCAACACACAGCCCCCAUUACCCAGCCUCCCAUGCUGGAUUCUGCAGUAGUGUGCAGUGCUCCAACUUCAGCCAUGGCUACUGUGGUGGAGGAUGUAGAUGACAGGUUGCGAGAGCGCAGGCGCAUUAGCAUUGAACAAGGUGUUGAACCACCACCCAAUGCAGAAAUCCACACAUUUGAGGUGACGGCCCAAAUUAACCCUCUCUACAAGCAUGGCCCUAAGCUGGCUCAUGGUAUGAAUGAGUUAGCCGGGGCUGAGAGAGCCCCUGCUCAUCAGCAACAGCAGCUUCUUUUCCAAAGACAGCAGCAGCACCACCAGCUGCUACUACAGAGUUGUUUGGACACUCUGGAUGAAGUGGUGGCCUCAGCCUCAGCCUCAGCCUCAGCCACAGCCUCAGCCUCAGCCUCAGCCUCAGCAUCAGCAUCAACACGGUAGGCAGCAUCCGCCUCAGCAUCCGCCUCAGCAUCCGCCUCUGUCCACACCUGUGAUACUAUCUCUGACCCUCUGGUUGACCCAGAGGUUACAGUGACCAACAUGCCCUCUAGAGCCAUACUUCCUCAGACUGAGCAUCACAAAUCUCAAGAUGGCUACCGCAUUCACACUCAAAUUGAUUACAUUCACUGUUUAGUUCCAGACCUGCUGCAGAUUACCAACCUCCCAUGUUACUGGGGGGUCAUGGACCGCUACGAGGCAGAGACGCUGCUGGAGGGAAAGCCCGAAGGCACCUUUCUCCUGCGUGACUCUGCCCAGGAAGACUACCUCUUCUCCGUUAGCUUCCGCCGCUACGGCCGCUCACUACAUGCACGCAUUGAACAGUGGAAUCACAAUUUUAGCUUUGACGUGCACGAUCCAAGUGUCUUCCACGCUUCCACAGUUACAGGAUUGCUGGAGCACUACAAGGACCCCAACUCAUGCAUGUUUUUUGAGCCACUGCUGUCUAACCCCAUCCACCGCACACAGCCCUUCAGCCUGCAACACAUCUGCAGAGCGGUCAUAAGCAGCUGCACCACCUAUGAUGGCAUUAACAUGCUUCCCAUUCCAAAUGCUUUGAAAAAGCACCUGAAAGAAUACCACUAUAAGCAGAGAGUACGUGUACGGAGAAUGGAUACCUGGUGGGAAUGAAGAACAACAACCGACUAAAAGAAACUACUAAAUAUAUUUUUAAUGCAAGUCUCUCAUAACUGAACUGAACAAUGAGACUUGCUUCACUCUAUCUGGCUGUAUUAACCUACACUGCACUGUACUUAUUUAUUUUAUUCCUGCUGUACAUGUCUUAACAAUUGUACUGAACUACACUGAUGAGACAAUAUGUAAUCUAACUGAUCUUGCACAGUACAAGUUCUUUAUGCUCAAAUUAAACAAACUUAUUUUGAUAUGUGGUGUUCAUAGAGCUACCUUCACACAUCAUUUGUGUUUUCAGCCGUGACUAAGCUUAAUUAUCUGACGAUGGGGGGGAAGUGUCUCGGUGUGAAUCAAGAUGAUUAUAAUAAUAGAGUUGUUCAUCAGUCACGUGCUGAGAAGGUGGAAUACAUACUGACAAAGUUUCCAACUUGUUACUUAGGUGUGGAACUGCAGCACGUCUGCUGUAUUAAUCAUUGGCUCCCACAUUGAACCAAGAGCUGAUUAUAAGGGGUGAGAGGUAGGUGCAUGUGCUACCUGCUCUCAUUAAAAAGCAGAAGUCUUGUUCUAGAAAAUAUAUUUGUCACACACUGCUCACAUUCAUUUUCAAAGUGGUGGUUUCAUUGCAGGGUACCAUGCAAAGAAUGAUAUUACACAUCUAAAUGAAUGCCAUACGCUCAGGUAAUACAUCAUUCAGCUGCUUUGUUUUCACCCCACAUCAUCAUCUGUGGUAUGUCCUAUGGGGUUAAAUUGCAUGCCGCCAGUGCCAACAGUCUUCAUUAGUUUUGAAGUAAAGGAUCAAAUGUAACCUUCACAAACUGGUGAAGGUCACAGGUGAAGCUGCUGUAUUACCAGAAUUCAAAUGAUUAAGGCCAGACAUCAAUGGACAUUAUUUUGCUCAAACACUGACUUCUGUGAU